AUGUCUUCUACGCCUACUAUUGUUGAGCCAGAUAGCUUUGGCGCACAUUUCAAACCCACGAGCUAUAAUUCCCCACGUUCAGGUUCUCGGGGACAAGGUUAUGAACCGCCAGUGUUUGGCCAGCCGGCUAUUGGAAGACCAUCUGUUGGACCGCAAGAGCGAUCAACUCCUAAACUCAAUGCCAAUGGUGUCUCGAAUGCCAUUUAUAAUGGCGACCAGUUUGGUCGCAAGCUCUCCAUCGAUCAACAAUCAGUCGCGGAUUCAGUCAACACCCUAGAUUUGGGCUACCACAACAUCGGCCAGCAACCACGACCACAGCACGAGAUCUUAGGCCACCAACCCUUUGACCAGAGAUCCCUCAGCACACUCUCUCUAGACCAACAGACUGUCGGAACCCAAUCGCUAGGCCACCAUUCUAUAGGUCGGCCACCAGGCGGCUAUGCUCCAUCAUCUACUUCACCCGCCCGCCUCCACUCGUCUGCAUCCAACAGGUCGCUACAACCCAACUUGCCGACCAACGAACUCCCAGUUCUUCAGCAGAUAAAUCCUAACGAGGGAUCCGAGGAAUUCGACCCUAUCGCCGAAGAAAAUGAGGAAACAUGUUUUGAUCUGGUCGCUCCAUACGAGGGCGAUGCAGCUCCGGUACAUACUCUAGAGCGACAAGCAGACCUCAUGUUCUGCUCGGACCAUAUGCUAGUGAUUCUAAGCACUCCGCGCUACCUCGCACGUUUCCGCGAGUUCCUCGCACAGGAGCGUCCAGGGUCAUUUUCGACCCUGAAUUAUUACCUGAAUGCUUCCAAGGCUCUCAAAGCAAUCGAGUAUGCUAAUUCGCUCGUACGUUCGGUUGUUGAUGUUCCUACAUCCGGUAUUAAAACUGCAGAGCACCUCGUUGGCUCGACUGUAAAUGCGGCGCUCGAAAGGCGCGUACAGGCAGCGCUGGAUGCCUUGACUGCUGAGGAAUUACCUGCCUUCAUUACCUCUACAUGUAUCAACAUUACCGGCAAGGUGGUUGAAGAGCAUGUGCGCGGAACCUUGCCUGAGAAAUUCCGGGGAACGGCAGAUGCGCUGGGUGAGGUAUUCUGUCUGACCGAUCCAUCGCGGCCAGAUAACCCUAUUAUCUUUGCUUCUGAGGAAUUCCACCGCACCACACAAUACGGCAUGGACUACGUCCUAGGAAGAAACUGCCGAUUCUUGCAAGGACCAAAGACGAAUCCCAACAGUGUUCGGCGAAUCGGAGAAGCGCUCAAAGCUGGGCAACACCACUCCGAGCUUUUCCUGAAUUACCGCCGCGAUGGCUCACCAUUCAUGAACCUCCUCCAAAUGGCUCCGCUAUGUGAUAGCCGCGGUAAAAUCCGCUACUUCAUCGGCGCUCAGGUUGACGUCUCCGGGCUCGCCAUGGAAGGAGCACAAAUGGAAUCCCUCCAAAACAUGCGCGCGCAAAAAGAAACCCCCAGGACGGACGGCCAAAUAACCAAAGAAACAAAGAGCCAGUUCCAAGAACUCGGUGAACUCUUCAGUCCGCGCGAGCUGCGGAACGUGCGCGAGCACGGCGGAACCCUCUUCCAACCGGUAGUCAACGAAGAUCCCAACCAUCGUCUAUUCCUCCAAGACUCCGACACCGAGAACGACAUCGACACCCAGUCCCAAGGUCUACCAAGACCCACAUCGGGACCGACGCCCAGCCGGUCCUUGGCCGGUGUCUACAAAAACUACCUCCUCGUCCGCCCAUACCCAUCCCUCCACAUCCUCUUCACCUCCCCCUCCCUCCAAAUCCCAGGCAUGCUCCAAUCCUCAUUCCUAAAUCGCAUUGGCGAGACAGGCGCAAAACGCGAUAAUAUCAUCAGCGCUAUGAUGGCCGGGCGAGGCGUCACAGCGCGUAUCAAGUGGGUGACCAAGUUCAACAACGACCAGGCUCGUCAUCGCUGGAUCCACUGUACUCCUUUGCUGGCGAGUAACGGCCAGGUCGGUGUGUGGAUGGUGAUUGUUAUUGAUGAAGAGGAAGAGGCAGUCAGAUGGAAGGGUAAUUGGCCGACUACUAAUUAA